AUGAAUAAGGAAGUCGCCGAGAAGUUUUUGACGAGCAUCGCCCACGAGCAGGCACAGGAUACAGAGAUUACUGCUCGACUUUUAGAGUCCCUUCCGUUAUCGAAAUUGGUAGCCAAAGGACUAGCCGUUAAUUACUUGACACUUCGAAACGUCAGAACAGGACUUGCGGGAAAGCUAUACGUGGAGCUCAGUCCAGAUAAUGCUGUUGGUAAGGAGAUCAUAAGAGGCGACGUCAAAGUGGGAGACAUAGUCAUUGUUCAGCCUUCUUCGGCGAAAAAGGAGUCUGUGUCGUGCAAUGGCGUCGUCUCUAAAUGUACUGACAAGCUUAUAGUAGUUGCUAUUGAUGAAUCACAAGAACAAGAAGCUUUGAAACUUUAUGCAUUCUCACGCCUAUAUCUGCUCAAAACGACUAAUACAAUAACUUACAAAAGAAUGGAAUCAACUAUGCGUAAACUCGCAGAGUUUGAUGCUAUCCCAAAUAAUAAAAUCAUUCAAUAUUUGCUAGGCACUGCCACGUUCGUUCCACAAAAGAGCAACACUAAGAUAGAAUUCCAUAACCAAGAUUUAAACGAUUCCCAAAAAAGAGCAAUCAAAUUCUCCCUGGAUAAUGACAUCAGUAUCAUCCACGGCCCUCCAGGAACAGGGAAAACAUACACUCUGGUGGAGCUUAUCCGUCAAUUGUUCGAUCGGGGGAAACGAGUAUUGGUCUGCGGUCCCUCCAAUAUAUCAGUGGACACAUUACUUGAGAGAUUAAGUAAAGCAUUACCUGGCAGUAACUUAUUGCGUAUAGGACAUCCGGCACGCUUACUCGAGAGUAACCUUGGCCAUUCCCUAGAAGUGAUAUCCAAUCGUUGUGAAUCUGGAGCUAUUGUGAAGGAUAUCAGACGAGAAAUAGAUGAAAACAUCUCCAAGAUUAAGAAAAUGAAGUCAUCCAAAGACCGUCGAGAAGGUUGGAAAGAGGUUCGCACUUUGAGGAAAGAAUUGAAAAAACGUGAACGUAAAGUGCUUACCGACCUAGUUAUUUCUGCUUCGAUCGUGGUUGCUACUCUUCAUGGUUCGAGUGCCCGAGAAUUGACAAACGCAUAUGAAUCCACUUCGCAUCUUUUUGACGCAUUAAUAAUUGAUGAGGUCUCACAAAGUCUCGAACCGCAAUGCUGGAUCCCUUUAAUAUCCCAUUACCAAUCUGGGAUAAGCAAAUUGGUUCUAGCAGGCGAUGACAAGCAGCUGCCACCCACAAUUAAAACAGAAGAUGAUGACAAAGUUAAGGAUAUUUUGAGCACAACAUUAUUUGAUAGACUAAUAAAGCACUAUGGUGGCUCAUUCAAAAAUCUCUUGGACGUGCAAUAUAGAAUGAAUAAAGAUAUAAUGCAAUUUUCGUCCGAGGUCAUGUAUGAGGGUAAGCUGAAAGCUGCACCCUCAGUAGAGGGAUGGACCCUUCCUGAUAUACCAGGAGUUGAUAGUAACGACGAUACGGAAAUUCCCUUGAUUUGGUAUGACACGCAAGGUGAUGAUUUUCCUGAGAGAGCUGAAGAAGAUGAUGAUAAGGGCGUUGCAUCUUCAAAAUUCAACGAAAACGAAGCAUAUUUGGCGCUUCUCCAUAUAACAAAACUCGUGGACAGCAAUGUUCCACAAGACUGCAUAGGAAUAAUUUCCCCAUACAAUGCCCAAGUUGCAUUUCUCAAAAGGCUCAUUCACUCAAAGUUUCCCAUGAUUGAGAUUUCGACAGUGGAUGGAUUCCAAGGGAGAGAAAAAGAAGCGAUUGUUCUCUCUUUAGUGAGAAGCAAUGACAAGUUCGAAGUAGGGUUUUUAGCAGAUAAUCGAAGGCUAAAUGUUGCCAUGACUAGACCUAAGAAACAAUUAUGCGUAAUAGGGAACAUGGAAACUCUAGAAAGAAGCCAGGUGACGUUUCUAAAAAAAUGGGUAAACUGGUCUGAAGAAAACAGUGAGAUUAGGUACCCGGAUGUAAACGACGUUUUAUAG